AUGUGGUCAUUGGCCAAGAAAUUCGAAAAUGGGCACGCGAAAGGACGUUUCGCUUGCCCGGUGUCAGAGCACGGAAACCGAACCACGGCCACGUUUCUUUGCAGAUUCUGGGUACCCCUGCCCGACAAGAAGAAACCCACCGGACCAUUUCCUCCGGUGCAUUACUCCGGAGUUCGAUCAAGUGUUGGCAGCUCUGAAGCAGACACAGCGAAGGAACGAUGCCGAUCAAUACUAUAUAGCAUGGUGAAGUUCCAUCCUGAUUUCUCGCACUUGCUCUACUUCUGCAUCAACCUCUUCUUCUGCAUCUCGGUGUCAGAAGCCUGCGUCUUUUUCACCGCUUCUCUCAUAUCCAAUCCAUUGCCAGCCAUGGGUGCUGCAGUUGGAGUCACCGUGCUCAAUCUAAUGCCAUCCGUGGUUUUCCGGCCAAUACCCGACCUUCCCAAGAUCUUCUGGAGGUACCCUUUGUCCUACAUCAGCUAUGCUGCCUGGGGAACACAGGGGAAUCUGAAGAAUGACAUGAUGGGACUGGAAUUCGAUUCUGCAAUACCUGGAAGGCCAAAGAUAACUGGCGAAUUCAUUCUGGAGAACAAUUACGGUGUGAACCUAGGAUACUCCAAGUGGCGGGAUGUUGCAGCUCUCUUCUGCUUGCUGCUAGCUUACAGGGUGCUCCUAGUCUUCACUCUUCACUACAAGCAGAGAAUAUCAUCACCAUUCCGCAGAAUGCAACCCAGAGAGAUAUCAAACCCACCACCAUUCAGCAAGCCUAACUUGAAGAAUCAAACAUCGGGACAGCAACCCUGA